UUUCUUGUUUCGAUUUACCCCAAAUCGGAGACCGAGGAAAGUUUUUGUUGAGCUUUGAUGUACGUUUCCAAACAUAUAUAGAGUUUUUUUUUUAUGUACGUUUCCAAACCUAUAUAGAGUUCUAUGCUAACGGGAUGACGUUAUAGGGUAAACUUUGGUAUAGGGUCUUAGCUUAAAUAUUUUAACGGGUACCAGUCUAAAUAUAUCGAAGUUUCUAAAAAUGAUGGUUUAAGUAUAAACAGUUUACAUGUAAACACAGAAUCCAAUAUUUUUAUAAAUAUUAAAAUCUUAAAUAAUAUAUAUUGUAAACUUCUUUAUUGACAUUCAGUAUAUAAAAAAUUAGUCUUGUGAUUGCGAAUUAUUAUGAUUAAAUUAUCUUCUUAAGCAUUUAAAUUAAAGUAAGAAUAACAAUAUUAUGGAUGUAGAUAACAAUAUUUCAGCUUUUUAGGCUGAGAUAUAACUGCUAAAAAGACUCAAUCUAUGAAUCUUUAUUCGUCCAUAUGUAACGUUUUGACAGUCUAAGUUUAAAUAUUUAUAGUUUUUCAAACUUUUGAAACUUGCAAAAAUGAUUUUUAGCUGAAAACAUUUAAUUGUUUUUUAGGAUUUUCAGUCAACUUGAAAUGUUUCCAUAAUUUUAUAUACUACAAAUAAAAUGUGAAAUAUGGUUUUGCGAAAAAAAGUGUUUAUCAAGCAUUGAUGACUAUUUUUAAUAGAAGGAUGUGGUUUCCUAAAACGAAGACAUGUGUGGAGCGAAGACAGGAUUAUUUCGGGACAAAACUUAGGUUCACUCCCGAGAUGAACCUUUAAAUUUUCUCCCUUUUUAUUAUCAAUCAAAAUGUCACAUAAAUUAAUAAUAAAAUAUAUUUUUUUAAAAAAAAUCUAAAAUAAUUCAAAAACAAUAAUAACGUUCAUUUUAAUGACGCUAACGCUACUAACUAAACCUUAAAUAUUAAAUUCUAAACCCUAAACCUUAAAUCUAAAUCCUAAACUUUAAAUUCUAAACCCAAACUCUAAACCCUAAACUCAAACUUUAUAUCUUAAACCUAAAUCCUAAACUCUGAACCUAAACCGUAAACUCUAAACCCAAACCUUACACCUUAAACUCAAACCCUAUAUCCUAAACCUAAACCUAGACUCUAAACCCAAAUCUUAAACCCUAAAGAAACAACAUCAACAUUAACUCAAAUCCUAACCUUUAGGAUAUAGGAUUUGAGUUCAGGGUUUACGAUUUGAGUUUAGGAUGUAGUGAUUAGGUUUGGAUAUAUGGUUUGAGUUUAGAGUCUAUGAUUUGAGUUUAGGAUAUUGGGUUUGGGUUUAGGGUUUACGGUUUGAGUUUAGGGUAUAUAUUUAAAGUUUAGGAUUUAGUUAUUGGCGUUAGUAUCAUCAAAAUUGGCAUUAUUAUUAUUUUUCAAUUAUUUUAAAUUUUUUUAGAUAAAUUAAUCUAGUUUAUUAUUAAUUUAGGUGGUAUUUUGAUUGGUAACAAGGGAAGAGCUGAAUCUAAAGUUCGUCUUGUUAUUUAUUUCUUCGUAUACACUCACAAAUAGUAUUAUCUGUUUUAUAAUAGUGAGUGUGUAUGAAGAAAUUUACACUUCACUCGCUUUAUAGUGAAAACACGUGAUAUCCGUGACAUUUAAAAAUAUCUGUAUAUUGCAAUAAUGUUUAGAUGCUUCCUGUAGAUAUGAAAGUCAUCAAAUGCCGAAUGUGCGAUAUAUAUACUAGACAUAGUUAAUCGUGUUUUUGGGGGUAAUGGAAAUUAUUAUAAUCUAUUCAUUUACAAAUAACAUUAUCUUAAUAAUGUAUUUACAUUAGAUCACCGUGCGCAGUCAGUCAAGACUAGGUUAAUUUAACCAGUGUAAUUUACUUGGAUCAGAGUUUGAAUAGAUAGGUAUCUUUGGAAGAGAAGUUUCUUAAGUCUUGGCUAUAGAAGCUAUUAAAAUUUAAAACGAUGGUAUCCAUAAUCAAUUUGUAUUUCUUAUAAACAGUAUUUGAGAAACCGCUUGUUAUCUUUAAGACUUUAACAUUGAGUCUGAUGAGCAAAAUGAAAUGAUAUAUUAACAAGUUGUCAAGUUGAUGCGUUAUUAAUUAGGUCGGCGGCGUUUAGUAAUAGGUUUAAAUUGUGCAUCAAAAUGUACAAAAAGGAGGUGUAGUGAGACUGAGUAAUAUCUAACUAACUACAACAAUUAGUGUAGUUGCUUUGAGCUAGCGUGGCUGCGUGGGUAUUUUAGAGAGUGGUCCUAUCUUUAAUAAUUCUCGAUUAAUUUGUUUAUUACCUUCGUAUACGUUUGUUCGAAUAAGUCAUGCUACAGUAAAAUAUAAGGAACAUCAACUCUACAAAGAGCUUAACAAGCCAAUAAUCCGCCAUUACUAUAUGCUAUAUAUAUUGCAUGUAUUAUGAUAUUACUUCUAUUUAAUUUUAGGACAUUCUAGUUCAUCCAAUUAAAAUCGUGCAUGGAGAAGACUUGAGAGCUUUCAAGUAUUUAAGUGAGAUUAUACCAAAGAUCGCUGUUAUGUAUACUGAAUAAUUGAAGUUAUACAUAUCAACUUGUCCUUUUGAUAUUUGAAACUCUUGAUAUUUACAGACUUUGAAAACAAAGAUCGAUAAGACGUAUGAUACGUACAUUUCAACUUUUGUCUUCUGAUACGCAUCAUAGACAAAUUAAGUUCAUAUUACGAUAUAAAUUAUAUAGUUAUUGUACGUUAAGAAUUAUUGGUUAUCUCUUACAACUGGACAAAGAUCUGUGGUUCAAACCUCUUUAGUAUUUCUACAUAUAUAUAUAUAUAUAUAUUUUAUGUGUAAUUAUUGUCAUUUAGGUAUAGUUAUUUAUUAAAUAAUCAUAAUUAUUAUUUACAUAGCACUCUAACUUUUUCAUCAUCAAGAAAAUAGAGUAUUAUAAUAAUGAAAAAUCUGGUAAAAUGAAAUUGAACUCUUUUUUAAUGGUCAGAAAAGAACAGGAAUAAAUAAGAAGGAAGUGGAGAAAUUAAAAAGGAAAAAGAAGCUGUAGCGCAAAUAUAUAUUAUUGGCAACUUGUUUGAAAAUAAUAAGAACUCCAAACCCAUAAAAGAAAAUGAAUAAACACAAUCAAGAAACGGAAACAGAGUUAAUAGUUUACAACUUUACACACAGACAUGGAAAGUCAGCGGGUCAACUUUAAAACUCAGUGCUUUAAAUUAAGUGCCAAGUGAUAGUAGUAAUUAACUAUUAUUCCCUCCAUAGUCCUUUUAUUAACUGAUAUUUUAACUGGACGGCAUCUUUCUCUACGUCUAGAUUGCUAGACUUCUAGUAUCAUUAACUAAAUACGACAGCGUCUUUUUAAUUUCGGAAAAUCAAGUAACAAAAUUAACCAAAAAUUUAGGUUUUAAUUUUUUUAUUCAGGUUUAUUCUAGACCUAGUGUUCACUUUAUCACCAACGUAUAAAUAUAUUUAUAACACUUAGUUUAUUAUAUCUGUACAUUAAAAUAUCAAAUAAUAAAUUAAAUAUAUAUUGAUAAAAUUAAGAAUUUUGAUAUUACUUGAUUAUAAUUAUUAUUUAAUAUUUUUAAACUAUGAGAUUAUAAUUCAUUUAUAAUAUUCCCUGAUAUACUGUAUAUCAGGAAUUCGUUAUAUCUUCAAAGAGAAUCUAAAAAGUCAAUUAUACAACACGGAAAAUUAACUAAAGUUUACAAACAUCAAUCUUAUGUGACACAUUCAUUCCAUGGUAUAAUUUUUGUGAGACUAAUUUUUGGUGAUAACUUGCGCUUUAGUUCGACCGGAACUAACACUUAGUUUAUAGUGUAUUUGACUGUUGGACAUGUUACAACCUACCGAGUUUAUAGUGUCUUCAAAAUUUGAAGUGUGCGUGUAUGAAGUAGCAGAAAACAAAAUAUCAGUUUGGUUGUAUAAAGAAAUCGUUUGCCAUGAAUAAAUGUAAAUUUGAGUUCGUUUAAAUGGAUUAGUCAUAUACCUACAUGCAAAUAAAACUACAGGAUUAAGUAAAAAGGUUUCGAUCAGUUUAUGAUUUUUUUUAAAAAUGUGAAAUCCCUCGUUAUUUCACAAUAUUGAUUUAAUGGUUGAAAAUUCGUAGGAUCAAACUUGUAACCUCACCUUUCGUAAGAGAAUAUUUGUAAAGCCGAAUGGACUAUAUUUCAUAUUCGAUAGUUUCCCUUUUCAUACAUCAUGAAUAAGCUAAGAAAAAAAGGGUUUACAAACAAAAUAGAGGAGUACCUAAGAUAAUCUAUACUAUUAAAUCAAAAUCAUUCUUAAGAUUAUGCUCCUGAUUUUUCCAAUUAAUUAUAAAAUUUUCCAUUAACUUUUUCAGUGACUUUUUCAAUAAUAAAUAUGAUUUUGUCGGUCAAAACAAUAAAGUAGAUUUGUAAGGACAGAGGACUUGGGCCUAUUAAGGUAAAAUAAGAUAUAUGUUUCAUUUGAUUUCUGGUUGAAUUGGUUUUUGCGACCCAAUUUGAUCAUUUUUUUCAUGUGAUUUUAAAAUCAAGUAAUAGUGCAUCUCUUUUUAUUUCUUUUCAGCAAAUUAAAACAUUAGAAAAUAUAAAAUAGCGAGCGACAUUAUAAUUUUUUCAUAAUAUAAACAUUACAGAUUAUAUUUUUAAUAAAAACUAUAACAUUUUUUCUGAAUAUAGUAACUUUAUGUUAUUAAAAUUAUUUGUUAUUCUUUGCUAUAUUAUUUAUACUUUAAAUAAAUAGAUAUGUAAAUAAAAUAAUUUUCUAAAUAUUUCUCCCAUUUUAUUAUAUUGGUGAUUCACAAUAUGAGGAUUUUUUUUAUUUUACCUCAAUUAUUUGAAAUGAUUUAAAAUAGAAAUGUAACCAAAACGAAAAAAUUUGAAAUUUUUAUAUAUCCAUACCACACAAAAUAUCAAAAUAUUCAAUCACUUUAACCAAAACUCAACUUCAUAUAUAACCAAAAUUGUUCAUAUAUUUCUAAACCUAAAACCACAACCAAACUGUAAUUAAAAACCAAUAAAAGCAAAUUAGAGUCGAACGAAAAUCGAAAAUGUUUAUAGCGAAAUAAACUAGUUAACAAAUAGUUAUAUCAAUAAAUUUGUCAACAAAUAUAUUUGAAAGCGCGAAUCAAAAUCUAGUAAUUUAUUAAAUCAAUAAACACAGUUCCUACAUUACGGCUAUGCAUUCUCUUCUUUGCACAUGUUCAAAGUAAUUUAAAAAAUUAAAAGAAAAAUUGAAAACUAUCAUCUUUCCUCUUCUAUAAAACCCACAACUUCUCUCUUUUUCUUGUCAUUCGAAACUCAUCAUUUCUCUCCAAAAAAUAUCAAACUCUCUAUUUCUCUCUCUCCCUCUCCCUAAAACCACAAAGAAAAAAAGUAGUAAGUCUGAAAUUUUUUUUUGCUGAGGUUUCUCUUUUCUUUGGGUAUUUUCUGUGUGCAUCAAUGGAUGAGAAAGGAAGAAACUUGAAGAACAACAACAUGGAAGACGAAAUGGACCUGAAGAGAGGUCCAUGGACCGCUGAAGAAGAUUUUAAGCUCAUGAAUUACAUUGCUACUCAUGGAGAAGGUCGAUGGAACUCUCUUUCUCGUUGUGCAGGACUCCAACGCACCGGUAAAAGCUGUAGGUUACGGUGGUUAAACUAUCUCCGCCCUGAUGUCCGCCGUGGAAACAUUACCCUCGAAGAACAACUCUUGAUCCUCGAACUUCAUUCCCGUUGGGGCAAUCGAUGGUCAAAAAUCGCACAAUACCUACCGGGAAGAACAGACAAUGAGAUCAAAAACUACUGGAGAACCCGAGUUCAAAAACAUGCAAAGCAGCUUAAAUGCGACGUGAACAGUCAGCAAUUCAAAGACACAAUGAAGUAUUUGUGGAUGCCUAGGCUGGUCGAGAGGAUCCAAUCUGCCUCGGCCGCAGCCACCGUAGCCACAACCACCAACACCACUACCACGACAGUAUCAGCCGCUACGUCAUCUAGCAACACAACCUCUAACAAUCAAUUCAUGACGUAUGAUUACAACAACAACAGCAUGGGACAACAAUUUGGUGUAGUGAACAACGAUUAUAUCACGCCCGAAAACUCUAACGUGGCAGUGUCUCCGAUGUCAGAUUUGACGGAGUACUACAGCGCUCCAAACACGUACCCGGAAUACUAUUCGGGUCAAGUGGGGAAUAGCUAUUAUCCGGAUCAGGACUUGGUGGUUCCGCAAAUAUUACCGGAUAAUUAUUUGGAUUAUUCUGGAUUAUUAGACGAAGAUUUGGCGGUUAUGCAGGAGCAGAGUAACCUUAACUGGUUUGAAGAUAUUAAUGGAGCUACUUCUUCUUCAGACAGUUUAUGGAACAUUGGAGAAAGUGAUGAAGACUUAUGGUUUUUACAGGAUCAAGAACAGUUCAACAAUAAUGGCAACUUCUGAAUAGAAUUAAAAAAUUAGAAUCGUUAAGUACUUAAUUAAACAGGAAGUAUACGUGUGAAAGACAUUUGUUCAAGGGGAAUAAUUAAAGAUAAGGAGUGUUUACGAUAUUAUAUUAGGAUAUAUGAUC